AUUUCUCUCAGUCACAAUGUCCCGGUAAUGUCCACUCUGGAAGCACCUCACCAAUCCACUAAACCCUCGAAAUGGGGCAAAGUGCGCUCGUCUGUCAAGUUCACAGCGGCAGCCAAAGAGAAGAACCGAGCGACACAGGCAGAUAGCUUGUCCGUCUCGAAUGCCCCUGUGCAGAGCUCAGCCGGGGCAGCGGCAGCCAGAAGCUUGGUGCUGUUCUUCGGAUUCUUGUUCAGACGGCCUUCGAAACUGUUUAAACCGAACAGAGUCGACACAUGGCUAGGUCUCCGACAGCUCGCUAUAUCGACAGACCAACAUCUAUCCCCAGCAUUCAUCCGCUCACUUCUCCAAAAUCGUACAGGCCUCAUCGCCGUGGGCCUCACCAUCCUCCCUCCCAUGCUCGUGAACGCGACACUCGGAUUCUUACUCUUCACUUCACAUUCCCUAUUUUCCCUGGGUCUUGCAAAGCUGGACUGGUUUCAGAGAAAGGUGGAGGCGGAGAAUGAAAAGGGAGAGAUGAUCGUCGAGGAGCAAGAGGAAGAACUGAAUCUGGAGACGCUGAUACGGGGGCCCAGUGUGAUACCAAACCACCCAACGGUAUUGAGUGCGGUAGCUGGGGCAGGGGCGGGGCUGAUACAGGGGAUGGCAUUCACCCCGGUGGACAAUGUUGUCAGACUGAUACAUCAAUCUACCACAUCUUGGGUCAAUAUUCUUGCCCGGUUCGUACAUCUUCCCGUACCCAAGACUCCAGACAAUAUGAAGGGAAGUUCCGUCACGCCUGUGCAGGCAUUAAAAAACUUUUUCUCGGACGAUGCGUGGAGAAGGAACAGGAACUGGUGGAUAGGUUGGCGGUGGGCUGUUGCCCGUGACGCGUUGAGCUACAGCUGCUUCUUUGCUGCCUUUGAUGUGACCAGGCGAGUGGGCCUGCGAGUGAAGGGCAUGUUUGGCGGCAAUAUCGAGCAUGACUGGGACAACAUCUUCAUUCUUGAUUUUGACGGCGACGCCCACGAUGAUUCCAUUUCUUCACCCUAUCCACCACCUUCCAACAAUACUUCCUCCUCUUUACCGACGUAUCGUCCCACAGGGGAUCAACCUCAGGCGCCCACACUCGCCCGCGUAGCCCAAGCAGCGACAAUAGUGACGGGCGGUGUGCUUGCCAGUUUACUGGCUCAAGCGGCGGGACGACCAUUCAAAGAGUGUCAACGGAUCAUGCAGCUGGACGACCGGGAGUGGGCGCGCAGGGCCGCCAAGGGAGAAAUGAUGGCUAGAAGACCGCACUUCUGGCAAGCUCUACUCAAACCCCGCCCCGGGGACAGACCGCACCCCAUCUUAAACACACUACAAACCAAGGGCCUCUGCCCUUUCAUUAGAUCGGAAGGAGAGCUCAAGAGUGCGCAGAUGAAACGCGAGUUGGAGCAGGAAGCACAGGCUCAGGGGAGGAUCAGGGGUAUGGUAGGAACGGUGGUGAAGAGGGUCGGGUGGAGAGUGGCCAGUGUUGGGCCUUGGGGGUGUGGGUUCCUGGUAUGGGCUUGGAUCGGGGGCGAGGUGUAGAUCCACCGUAGCUCAUGAAGGCAUAUCAUAGAAGGGAUGUAGCAGCGACAACUAUACAUCAUCUAAUGCUUGACAGAUAUGCAGUGCUGUCGCAAUAGGCCAGGUGGUCUUCUGUUGAAUUGCGGCAACUCCCACUACUGCAGCGUCUGCCGUGUGAGUCAUGUCUCGCCCGCUGUGCCACUCUUUAGCAUUGGCAUCAUACUGGAAGUCACACUCUUGAAACGAGCUCUUCCUCUCCUCAGAGCGGCACCACAACCGAUCCCUACGACAUCAAGCGCCAAAAUGGCCAUCGGCAAGCGUGUACUUCGACUGUCCGUCGUCGGGCUUCCAAGCCGCUCCGUCAUCCUACGUUCACCACGUCCGGGCCUCUCUGCGUUAUUUGCGUCUCAGACCAGGCGUCUCGAAAGUCUACCAUCUUCUGCGGCACCUGCGAAGAAGAAAUUUAUGUCGAGGGAGAUACACUAUAGGCAAGGUACGCCUGUUUCUUUUGUUGUUGUCAUCGUUAUCUGACCACACAUACGUACUUUAGAUGGAUGACGGAUUGAUCGAACACGAAGUGGACUACCUGCACGACACUGAGCAGACUGGUCUUUUUGGGGUAUUUUGGUGAGUGAUGCGCUGAAAACACCGACAUGGGUCUGACCUGUUCUUGAUGGCCCUGCCGAGCGCGGCACGCUAAUCGGAGCCAAACUGCCGGCAAGCUCCUCGGGCCUCGCUGAUUAUCUCUGAUAGGGGGAUAUGAUUGCGUCACAGCGAGUAGCUCGGGGCUCGGAGAGUAAACUUGGCACAGCUUGACAAGCUUUAUGCUAUGAUGUCGGGGCUCACCGCCCCCUCUCCAGUGCAGCGUACUCGUACCGUACGGCCGUAAGCUUGGUAAGGGAAAGAAGCGCCAAGAGACUGGCCGGAUAGCCGGGGUGCCUGGAAGUGGCCGCCGCCGCCCACCUGCGGAUCAAGAGAUA